AUGCACGCAAAGACUGCUCUUCUGGCCGCCGCCCUCGGCCUGGCCUCUACUGCCUGCGCCGAACAGGAACGACCCAAGAUUUACUUUCCGCGUCACGUUAAACGACAGUUUGUGAAUUCGACGAGUACGAGACAAGAGACGUUCCCUCCGGCCCCCGAGAGCACCACCUUCCAGUCCACCGCAUCGGCCUCCAUCAGCUCGACAUUUGGUGACAUCCUCACCAGCCUUUCGGACUCUCUCUUUGGCUCAUCGUCGACCGUUCCCACGCCGUUGCCGACUUCCACAAUCUCCUCGGCCCCCGAAUCCGCACCCCCGACGACAAUCUCCACCACAGUCUCGACCCUCCCCGAUGGGAGAGUGACGACUGUGAUCAUUUCGAGCACCGUCAUCUUCGACCCGACAGAGACGACUGAGACGACAAGCUCCGCCGUGCCCACAUCUACUCUGCCCCCGGUUACCGUUCUGCCGACGACCAGCGAAACCUCGACAGUUUCCAGCGAAGCCGCCUCCACCUCGCAGGCUGCCGCAACCACCCAGCCCACAGCGACGACCCCCGAGACCACCACUGCCGCCGUUCAGUCGAGCGCCGCCGCGACCUCUUCCGAGGCUGUUCAAUCCUCCGCGGCCGCGACCACCGCUGUCGGGUCCGUUCAGACGUCUGCUGCUGCCAGCACCUCCGAGGCCGCUCAGUCAUCUGCUGCCGCCACCACUUCCGAGGCUGCCCAGUCUUCUGCUGCUGCGACCACCUCUGAAGCCGCUCAGUCAUCUGCGCAGGCUUCCACCACGGAGGCCGUUCAAUCCUCGGCAGCUGCCACCUCUGCCCAGGCAACCACUACCGCCGAGGCGUCGUCUGCCGUGCCUACCACCGAGGCCGUCCCUAGCUCCGCUGCUCCCACCAACGUCGAGGUCACCAACUCGACCGCCGAGGCCGUUUCUUCGACGCAAGCUGCCACGAGCGCUCAGGCUGCAUCGAGCGAGGCUACUACGGCCGCAUCUUCAUCUGGUAUCCUCCUGGCUCCCACCGGCGUCGUGUCCGAGACUUCCAGCACCCAGGCUACCACCUCUGCCGAGCAAGCUCAGCGUUCUUCAGUGGCUGCGAACCCCGAGACUACCAGCGCGGUUCCCAACGUCAACGCGACCGAGCCCGUCGUUUCGUCAUCCCAGAGCUCCGUCGUCCUUCCCGUUGAGACCACCACUUCUGCCGCCGUUCAGGUGACCUCUGGUGCCUCCACUGAGACCACAUCUGCCGCCGUCUCUGAGAGCAGCAAGCCCACCAACCCGCUGGACCCCAUUGUCUCCUUCGUCUCCAGCCAGGUUGCCGUUCCCACGAACCUUACCGAGCCUAUCGCCAACGCGACGUCGUCCGAGGUCCCUGUUGCCUCGACGUCCGAUGUUGUCAUCCCAACGCCUACCGCGCUCCCGGCACCCACGGACCCGACCUCGACGAGACUUCCCAUCCCGACUGAGCCUGUUGCCAACGUCACCUCCUCCGCUGAGGCCUCUGGCGUGCCCACCACCUCGCUCCCGGCACCCACUGAGCCCGUCGCGAACGCCACGACCUCUGUUGAGAUCUCUACCGAGCCCACCAGCAGCAGCCUCCCCGUUGUGAGCAGCGAGCCCGCCGUCAACAUCACCUCCUCCACCGAGGUCCCCGUGUCUGUCUCCACGACCGCUCUGCCCGCUUCCGAUGUUGUCAACGCCACCUCGACCGAGGUCCCCGCCGGACAGACUACCACCAGCGCUCCGGUCACCAUCACUGACAGCACUGCCAUCUCUGUGCCGACGACCACGGCUACCGGCUCUGUUGAGAUCCCCGUGAACACUACCUCUACUGAGACCUUCCCGACUACCACGCAGCUUCCGACCUUGUCUCAGCUGCCUACGGCUUCCACCACCAUCAGCAACUCGACUCAGACGGACAGCUUGACUGUGGCACCCACGGUAACACCUUCCACCCUCUCGUCGACCUCCGUCGCCAACGAGACCGCCACGGCCACCAACGUCGUCCCCACUACUACUGAGUCUCUGACUACUGAGCCUGCCGCGACCACCACUCUUCCCGUGAACACCACUGUUCUCUCGGAGACCUUGAUCGAGACCACGCCUACUGUCACUGUGCCGCCGCCUACGACGACUCCCAUCAUCACGAGCAUCCCUGCCACGGCCACCAUCACUGACUCGGAGUCUUGGUUGCCCAGCACCAUCAUUGUCGAGCAGUCCACUUCGCUCAGCACGCCCACAGAGGCCCUUGCCCCGACGUCGACCAUUCCCCUGCCCUCUGACCUUCCCAAGGUCAUCAGCGGCCCGGACCCGAACGUCGCGCAGCCCAAGGACACCAUUCUCCUCCAGAUUGGUUUCCUGCACGGUGAGAACUACCAGCACGUCAGCAAGAACCCCAACGCUGCUGCUCAGAUCUUCACCUGCCUGCCCAAGGCUUUGGCCGAUGCUGCUGGUCUGGACAUUAGCCAGAUCCAGAUGACCAAGCUCGUCCCUUACGACACGUCCCAGACUCUCGGCUACAUCACCACGCUCGCCAAGUUCUACUACCCCAAGAGCAUGGUCGACACCCUGCGCAUGGACAUCAAGAUUCCCAACUCGGCCAUCUACAACAACCCCGAUCAGCUUGUCUACAACCUCACUCAGAAUAUCAACCCUGCCAUUGAGAUCAUUCCUGGCCAGGAGGAUGACGGCACUUCCACGGGCGGAGACGGAUCGUCGUCUACCUCCACCCCCAACAACCCCAAUGACCCCUUCGGCACCGGUAACGACGGCUCCAACCAGUCUCCCAUUCAAAAAGGUACUGCCGCCGCCAUCGGUAUCGGGGCUGUGGGUGUUGCUGCUGCGUACGGUGCUGCCAUGUUCAUUAUUGCCCGCCGCUACAAGCAGAAGAAGCAGGCCCACCGCCGCGCCAGCUCCCUUACCUCAUCCGAGAUGCGCUACACUGGUGCUGGCAGCCCGCCCAUGAUGGGCGGUGCCCUGAUGAGCCAGGACUUCUCCAACUACGGAGCCGCCGGUGGCCGCGAAAGCCACGGCAGCGGUCGUACGAGGGGAAGCGGGCCCGGCAACUCCGCUAGGACGGCCUACAUCUCGGCCCCCGUUGCCGCUGAGAACUCUCUCGGCUGGAACUGA